GCGGUGCUGUCCAGACACGUUGCCCGUCUGUCCCGGCGCUCCAAACCAUGCGCGAGUGCAUCUCAGUCCACGUGGGGCAGGCAGGCGUGCAGAUCGGCAAUGCGUGCUGGGAGCUCUACUGCCUGGAGCACGGCAUCCAGCCCGACGGAAACAUGCCCAGCGACAAGAGCGUGGGCGGCGGGGACGACUCCUUCAACACCUUCUUCAGCGAGACGGGCGCGGGGAAGCACGUCCCAAGGGCUGUGUUUGUGGACCUGGAACCUGCGGUCAUAGAUGAAGUUAGGAAUGGGACAUACCGGCAGCUCUUUCAUCCUGAGCAACUGAUAUCUGGUAAAGAAGAUGCUGCAAAUAACUAUGCUCGAGGUCACUACACAGUUGGGAAAGAGAUAAUUGAUCUGGUUCUAGAGCGUAUCAGGAAGCUGUCAGAUCAGUGCACUGGCUUGCAGGGCUUCCUGAUUUUCCACAGCUUUGGGGGAGGGACUGGAUCUGGUUUCACCUCUCUGCUGAUGGAGCGCCUCUCAGUUGACUAUGGGAAAAAAUCCAAGCUGGAAUUCGCCAUCUACCCUGCACCUCAGGUCUCCACAGCUGUUGUGGAGCCCUACAACUCCAUCCUGACCACCCACACCACGCUGGAGCACUCUGACUGUGCCUUCAUGGUUGACAAUGAGGCCAUUUAUGACAUUUGCCGUCGGAACCUGGACAUUGAGCGCCCAACCUACACCAACCUCAAUCGCCUCAUUGGUCAGAUAGUGUCUUCCAUUACUGCUUCCCUUAGGUUCGAUGGUGCCUUAAACGUGGAUCUUACUGAGUUCCAGACUAACCUGGUGCCUUACCCUCGUAUCCACUUCCCUCUGGUGACGUACUCGCCGAUUAUUUCAGCAGAGAAGGCGUACCACGAGCAGCUGUCCGUGGCUGAGAUCACCAAUGCCUGCUUCGAGCCCUCCAACCAGAUGGUGAAGUGUGACCCGCGGCACGGCAAGUACAUGGCGUGCUGCAUGCUGUACCGCGGCGACGUGGUGCCCAAGGAUGUCAACGCCGCCAUCGCCGCCAUCAAGACCAAGCGCACCAUCCAGUUCGUGGACUGGUGUCCUACUGGAUUUAAGGUUGGCAUCAAUUACCAGCCCCCCACAGUGGUUCCUGGGGGCGACUUGGCCAAAGUCCAGCGGGCAGUCUGCAUGCUGAGCAAUACCACAGCCAUUGCCGAGGCCUGGGCUCGCCUGGACCACAAGUUUGACCUGAUGUAUGCCAAACGUGCCUUUGUUCACUGGUAUGUUGGAGAAGGGAUGGAGGAAGGGGAGUUCUCAGAGGCUCGGGAAGAUUUGGCUGCACUUGAGAAAGAUUAUGAAGAAGUGGGCACAGACUCGUUGGAUGGAGAAGAUGAAGGUGAAGAAUAUUAAAUCCAACAGUGAAUUGCAAGUCUUUGCCAUUUUACUGCCUCUUUAGUAGCAAUGUAAAUCAUGUCAACUGAUUGGAAUAAACUUCUUUAAUCAAGAA